UCGCACUGCGCAUGCGCGCGAUUUCACAGAAUUUGCUGCGACUGUUGAACUUGCGGUGUCGGAUAAUUCUAAAUUGUUUUUGUGUCACCGUGCACUGUGUCGCGAUUACUUGGAUGAUUGAAGUUAAUGCACUCUCGGAUUAACACCCUUUGUAGCUUAUUUUACUUAGUUGUCGUUUCACAGUGUGCACCCGUAAUAGGUAGUUGCUUAGCCGUGACACCCAUGGGGACAUACUGUUAUGCACAUGUGCAAAAGAGCGCACGAUCGAGCUAAGCACAACAUUUGAUUCUUAAUCAUAGAUAUAAAGCCAGCAGCUUCCCAAAGCGGCAAUGUUUGGGAACCAGAAUCCGUUCGGGACUACCACAGGAUUUGGGACGGGGAGUACCUUUGGGUCUACACAGCCAACGCCAUUUGGGCAAACCGGCAGUGCUUUUGGGACCUCGGCCUUUGGUGCCACAUCGGCGCCCAGCACAAGUGGUGGUGGCCUCUUUGGGAGCACAACUCAACAGACUGGGAGCCUGUUCGGCAGCACAGGCUCUACUUUUGGCCAAUCUUCAACAUCAACCACACCUGGCUUUGGUUUUGGAGCACCUGCAACUAGCACAUCCAUGUUUGGAGCCAUGAACCAGCAACCUGCUGCCAGUACAGGAAUUUUUGGCACCCCGUCAUCCUCCUUCGGUCAGCCCCGUCCACAGUUUGGCACCUCCUUCUCAACCACCACUCCUGCCACUGGCACUACCCUCUUUGGCCAGCCUCAGAGCACAGGCCUGUUUGGCCAGACGCCUGCAGCUGGAAGCUCUCUUUUUGGAUCAACAGCAUUUGGCACGGGCUCUGUUACUACAGGGACCACAAUCAAGUUCAAGCCACCAACGGGCACUGAUACAAUGAUGAAGAAUGGCGUCUCGAGCACCAUCAGCACAUCUCACCAGUGCAUCACCUGCAUGAAGGAGUAUGAGAACAAGAGUUUGGAGGAGCUGCGGCUAGAAGACUACGCAGCCAACCGCAAGGGUGGUGGCCAGGCGGGCAUGGUAGGGUUUGGGGCGACCAGCCAGCCAAGCUCAAUCUUUAGCACCCCAGCCACUCAACAGUCUGCAUUCAACUUUGGAGCCACCCAGAACAAGCCACUGUUUGGAACUUCCACUGCUGGUGGUUUUGCACCGACUGGCAGCUCACUCUUUGGGCAGACAACAACGCAGAGUCAAAAUGUGUUUGGUAAGCCAACAGGGUUUGGCAUGACAACCCCGGCUUCGACAUCAGCGUUUGGAACCACCAAUGCAUUUGGCACCACUGGAACCUCUGUAUUCGGUCAGCCACAGCAAAAGUCUCUGUUUGGCCAGCCAACAGGAACAGGUCUCUUUGGCAGCACAACCGCAACAACACAGCCAUCCACUGGAUUUGGCACUGGUUUUGGGACUACAUUUGGUGGUACAACACAGCCAAGUGCUUUUGGGGUGCGGCCAGCAUUUGGUACGGCCACCACAUCUACGCCUUCCACCUUUGGGUUUGGCACUACAGCCAAUACAGGAACAUCGCUGUUUGGGGCCAAGCAGCCAGCUUUUACCUUUGGCUCAAACACACCAGCCUUUGGUGCCACGAACACAACAGGCUUUGGCACUUCAACGGGUGGCCUCUUUGGUGCGGCCAAGACGACGCCGUCCUUUGGAACCAGCACCACUCCUGCAUUUGGCAGCACAGGCUUUGGCACCACCCCUGCUUUUGGCACAACGGGUACCCUUGGCACUACUGCCACCGGGGGACUGUUUGGUACAAGCACUGCGGCAAAGCCUACUGGCUUCAACUUUGGAGGCACAACUACUACCACACCUUUUGCAGGCUUUGGGCAAACUGGUCUUGGUGCUGGUACUACAUUUGGAAGUGCUGUACCAACCAUGGGAAGCACGGAUCCUAAUGCAGCAGCCAAUCUGCUGCAGCAGCAGCAAACACAGCAGCUGCUCCAAUACCUGUCCGCCAACCCGUAUGGAGACAACCCACUCUUCAGGAAUGUGCUCAAGGAGACCAACAAACGAGAAGAGCUGCUGAAGCCCACCAAUCCAGCAGCCCAGCAGGCUCUGCUUGCCUCUCACUACAAGGUGUCUCCCAUGCCGGCACCUAAGCUACGGCCAAGACCUGUUGGCACACAGACGGGCAAGGCAUCAUCACUUUUUGAAGGGUUGGAAGAUGAGGAAGACAGCAUCGAGCCAUUCUCUCCACGCCAAAGUGUCAAGACGCUGAUAAUCAAACCCAAGGAUACCCCGGACAAGCUUAGUGCAAGCACUCUUUUAGCUUCCCCAGUACUUGCAGCCAACCGUGCAUCCACACCUAUUACUCAGUCAUCCACUAGUCCAUCUUCUAGGACACCACUGGCUCUUCCCAUCAAGGACAGUUGUGUUGACAGCGACUCCCCUCGCAACGAGCCUAGCUUCACAACACCAACUGCACACGGGGAAAAACCUGUAAGCAACCUGCAAAGUUUGGAUGACACAGUGUCAUGCCUUGAGGUCCGUGGCCGCAAGUUGCGCUACCUGUCCAGCUCGGACAGCUUGGAUGACUCAUCUCAGGCUGAUCCGGCACCCGACCCUGCAAAGCCCCCACAUCCUGCAGGCAUUGUGCUCACUCGACCGGGGUACUUCACUGUCCCUUCUAUGGACGAGCUAGCAUCUAUGGUUGGCCCUGAUGGACGCUGCAUCGUGGAGAAUUUCUGUGUGGCACGUGAGGGCUAUGGCAAUGUCUACUUUCCAGGCCGCACCGAUGUUGCAGGUCUCAACCUUGACGAGAUUGUGCACUUUCGUCGUAUGGAAAUAACUGUGUACCCUGAUGACGAUGACAAGCCUGCUGUAGGCGAAGGCCUCAACCGCAAAGCACAAGUUACUCUUGACAAAGUAUGGCCAAUCAACAAGACUACUCGUGAGCCAAUUAUGGACCCAGAAAAGCUGAAGGCACUUAAUUAUCAAGAGAAACUGGAGAGGACUACUGCGAAAAUUGGAGGUCGUUUUCUGGAAUACAGGCCAGAAACUGGGUCUUGGGUUUUUGAGGUGCGACACUUUUCCAAAUAUGGUUUGGACGAAUCUGACAAUGAAGUGGACGAGGUUGCAGUCCAGACAGCUACAUCAGCAAAGUUGCCACAGCAGGCAGCAGCCGUAAAACCUGCUGAUGGCACUGCAGACAAAGUCACUCAGAAGCCUCCCUCAGCUGCUGGAGUCCCCUCUACUUAUGCUGCCUGCCUGGAAUCUGACACCGCAGCUGGAUAUGGUUCAGAUGAUGAUGCGAUGGAGGAUGUGGAGCCAUCCUCCGCUGGAACAGCAGACAGGCUCAGCAGUGAUGACACAUUCUCACCUGGGACACCUGGUGCCAGCUACAAGCCGGUGACUCAGCAGCUAGCAGAAGCACUAGGAGUGAGUCCUGAGGCAGCGCAGAGCAUGAAGGCCUCUUUUUUUGCCCAGGACAGGGAUGAUGAUGACGAAGAGGAUCAUGACCUGGCCUGCACUCAUCCACGCCUAAAGAGAGCUCUGGUGAGCAGUGGUUCAUACCAGAGCCCACAGGCCUUUCAAAUGGAUGAAGCCAGGUCGCCAUCCACACCCACACAUUCCAAAGCAUCCCGUUCCCGCUCUGCUGCUGUGUGUCCGCAACCCAGUGUGAGCCAGGCCUUCUCCGAGUUUCUUCCUUCUCAUGUCCUGUUUCGUGCUACUACACUGUCGGGAGACUUUGUUGGCACACGGCAGCCUACUGCAGGAGUUUCCAGAGCAACGCAAGCCCACAGUGACCGUCGUCUGGCUGCCUCAGCAUUCAGCAGUCCUGGUUAUACUUCAGCUGUAGAGCAGGCAGCGCCACUUCGGAGCCGCCCUCUUGCAGACCCCAUGGUGAUUCCUGUCGAUGUGGAACCUGUACCUUUGGCUCAGUCCCUGUUCUACGAGUAUCAGCACAUGCUGGGAGACGCUGCCUGUGUGGCUGGCUACCGUGUCCGCUGUGGCUGGGGACCGCAGUGGACACUGACUCACGUGGGCAAGACAUUCAACAGCACUCUUGAUGAUGAACCUAUGGAGCCUGCUGGCCACCUGGGCAUUUUCGGAGGACAACGCUAUCCAAAGCCAUCAGCUGCAUUUGCAGUCUCGGUGGAAAGAGUGACUGUUGACUUGCACACACUAAGACCAGAUGACAUUCAAAAGAAGAAUGUGGCAGCCAUGUUGGAAGUCCAGCUGACACAUUCGUGCCAUUCACUGGAAGAAGGCAGCCCCAUCUUUGCACCCUGUCCAGGCGUGGACUGCUUGCAUGAUCAGGAUGCCCUGAUUACGAGACUCCUCACUGAAAUGGGUCCUGGUCAUGCUGACUCUGGAAUGAUGCAGCAGUUUCACACUAUUCUGGGUCUCUGCAUUGCCCUCUGGGGUCGUGCACCUGGCUGCAACCCUGACAGUGAUGACGUCACCAGAUACUCCUACGCGAAGUGUCGUAAGGAGGCACUCUCAGACUGGCUCGUGGAUACAACAAAAGCCGUUAUUGAGGCUGAAAUAACAGACCUUCAGAGAAAGGAGGACAGCGAACUGUCUGUGAUACUGAGCUAUCUGAGUGGGCGGGAUGUGUCCAAGGCAUGUGCGAUGGCCCAGCGGUCCCGAGAUUUCCGGUUGGGUCUGCUUCUGUCUCAAGGUGGUUCCAACCCAAUCUGCCGACUGAUGCUGAAGAAACAGCUGGACCACUGGAAAAAGUUCAAGCAUGACCGAUAUAUCAAUCCGGAACGAAUCCGGGUCUAUGCCUUACUGGCGGGAUUGAUGGUUUGGCCAACUUCAGACCCGAAUCAGACAAUCAACUGCUGUGCUGACCUGGACUGGAAAAGGGCUCUGGCACUGCACCUGUGGUAUUACUGCCCUCCAACUGGCAGCAUCAGUGACGCUGUGGCUGCUUAUGAGGCUGCUUUUGAGAGUGACCAGCCACUGCGGCCCUAUGCACAGCCCCCAUACCCACCUUGUCAUGAAGAUGAUGGAGGUGAUGAGUCCUACGUGUUAGAUCCAGAGGCACCCUUGGAUACAUGCUAUCUGCUGCUCAAGCUAUACUGUGAUCAGUCUCAGAGAUUGGACCGGCUGCUGGCACCGGUGUCCUCUGUGCCCUCCCAACUGGACUUCAGGAUCAGCUGGCUGCUGCACAAGCUGUUGCAAGCCUUUGGCUUUAGCCACCUGUCUGUAACUGCGGCUGAGACCCUGCACACAAGCUUUGCGGCCCAGCUUGAGUCGUGGGGCCUGUGGCCCUGGGCAAUAUUUGCCCUCCUGCACCUGGAGGGUGCUGCAGGUCGCCGCAAGGCCGUAACUGAGCUUCUCACACGGCAUGCCUCGGGGUCACGCAGUGGCUCCCACCCUGAGACUGGUCUCACUGAAGACGAGACCUUUGUGUGCGACAGACUGGCUGUGCCACCUGCUUGGGUCUACCAGGCCAAGGCAAUUCGUGCUAGUGCUGAAGGGAACUUCAAAGACAGAGCAUUCUUUCUUCUCAAAGGCAAGAUUUGGAAUGAAGCACAUGAAACCAUUGUCCAUCACCUUGCAACAGAAGCUGUCAUUGAUGAUAAACUUGGUGAGCUUGCAGAACUUUUGCGACCCCUUGUUGAGCACAGUAGCCAGAUCCAGAACUGGAGCACUGGUGGCAAAGUUUUCCACGACUUUCUUAGGGUGUGUGAUACCAUGAAGAAAGCCACACAGGGUGACCUUGGUACGUACGACCUUGAAGCAAUCCGGCCAGCAGUGCUUUCUCUCUGUGGCUCCAUUUCCAACCUCGUGUGCAAGACGCCAAGAGACAGGCUUUGCCAGGCAGAGAUAGCAAAGAAGACUGCAAUGGUUCUUCAGCUGGUUACCAGUGCUGACAGUGGUGCACCAGACAGCGCAAUGCACGCAGCAUGUCGCAAUAUUGAACUGCUCUCCAUGCCAGAGGACUACUCGAUUGAGGACUUUGAACUGCUUGCCCGCACAUGUACAGAAAAUACGAUCCUCUGUGAUGCCACCAGCUGAAUGUGUUUGUUGAACAGCAUUUUCAUGUUACCUUUGCAACUUUUUUUUUCUCUUUUUCAUUUUUUUUUGUACUUGCCAUCUGCAUGGUGUGAUAUGAUACCCCACACCUUCUUUGGCACUAGGUUUCCUUUCUGUCUCCUGAAAUGGGUUCUUGAUUCAGCUGUUUGUACUGCACAAUUCUGUUAAUUUGUGCACUAUUAGUACUUUUAUGUUCUUCAUUUUGUCAGAGUAUCUUAAGUAUUUCACUUCUCACAGCAGGUUACAUUUGAAGUUAGGAUUUUGUGGAGUUGUGUUUAAAAGUGCAUGUUUAAUUACAAGGACUUCCAUAUCUACACAAAUUUAGGUGCCUCCUCUGUUGUCUUCUUUGAGGCAUGAUCAAUGAAGGGACAGGAAAGUGCUUGCAAUCACGGAGCAAAUAAAUUUUCAUUAACCGCAUAGUUAUUUUCUGUGCAUGUUUAAAGGCACUUUUCAUCAUUAUGUUACUCAUCAUAAGGAGAAGAUGUGAGCUCUGCUUUUUCCUUCAUACAUAAUGUCUGAAAGCUUUAUCUGUAACGUGCUUGUGUUUUAACUUCACAAAAUUUUAUUAUUAUAACGAACUCUUACAAGUUUGUUCAUAUAUCCUCAGACCUCUCUGGAUUUCAUUACAGUUUUAUAUUUGAUAACAUUUCUUCCAGAAGAUUUGUAAAAUACGGUGAAUUUCCCUAUUUUUACACAACAAUUUUAUCUUGCAAAAUCUGGCAAUUUGGUUCAGGGGAUAAUAUUGUAAUGGGUGUUACUUCGUCACAAGCUAAAUGACCAUUUACAUGAUAUUGAUUUCAGAUCUACAGAGCCACAUUUCUUGUUACUGUCAUUUAAGUAGGUGUCAAACAAUUUAGUGAAAGUUGUAAUAACAACACAUAUUUCAAUUAUUCUUGUAUGAUACGAAAAAGCUCACUUUUGCAAUGCAGCACAGCAGUUAUUGAAUCAUUUUGUAAUUAAAUGCACAUUUCAGUGGUGUUAAGCCAUUGUGUGGCACCUUGAAUAAAGUAACUGCUUCAACAA